AUGGCCAGCUCUAGACUCGUUGGUGCUGCUUUCUUGGCUUUGCUCUUUGUGGAUGUUGCCUUUGCUGCCAGGGCAUCAAAGGCAAUAGGUGGUGGUGGUGGUGGUGGAGGAGGUGGUGGUGGUGGUGGAGGAGGUGGUGGUGGUGGUAGGGGAGGAGGGGGAGGUGGUGGAAGUGGAAUGGGGGGCUCUGGAUAUGGGUCUGGAGGCGGGUCGGGUUAUGGUUCUGGUAGUGGUAGUGGUAGUGGUAGUGGGAGUGGAGGUGGUGGAGGAGGUGGAGGGGGUGGAGGCGGUGGAGGCUUAGGAAAUGGAGGUGGGUCUGGUUAUGGCUCCGGCUCGGGAUAUGGUAGUGGAUAUGGAAGUGGGGGUGGUAGAGGUGGAGGUGGUGGAGGUGGUGAAGGAGGUGGCGGUGGAGGUGGUGCUGGUAGUGGUGGUUCAGGCUAUGGCUCGGGCUCUGGCUAUGGCUCGGGCUCAGGCUAUGGCUCUGGUGGGGGUGAAGAUUUCCCAUAAAAAUAAACUUAAUUUCCCUUUGUAGCAUUUAAUUUGUCUUUUAGUAGUUAUGAAUCUGUAAUGUUAAAUAAAUUGCAACGGCUUCACCCUCACCUUAUGCAUGUGGUGGUGAAUGUUGCAUGCCUACAUAUAUGUAUGCGUAUUUGCACCAUAUUAGACAUUGACGUUUGUAUUAUUAUACUACUACUAUAUAAAAUAAAAGGUUGCUUUGUUAUUGUUA